GUCCCACAGGAACCAUUCGAUGAGUGCAGCUGUUUGUAUCCUACUACUUCCGGGGUGUGUGUAGCUCCGCUGCUAACAUUAGCCGUAACCACCGAUACUUUACCCCACAGUCUCCUGUAGUGUGCAGGAUCGCAGAUCGCCAGCACAGAAUGGAUGGCGAAGAGAAAACCUAUGGCGGCUGCGAAGGCCCAGAUGCCAUGUAUGUGAAGUUGAUAUCUUCUGAUGGCCACGAAUUUAUUGUAAAAAGAGAACACGCAUUGACAUCCGGAACCAUCAAAGCUAUGUUGAGUGGACCAGGUCAAUUUGCUGAGAAUGAAACCAAUGAAGUGAACUUCAGGGAGAUCCCUUCUCAUGUGCUGUCAAAGGUCUGCAUGUAUUUCACUUACAAGGUCCGCUACACCAACAGCUCCACGGAAAUACCCGAGUUUCCCAUCGCUCCAGAGAUCGCACUGGAACUGCUCAUGGCUGCAAACUUCUUGGAUUGUUAGAACGAUACACAAUGUAGCUGCUUAAAACAUUUUUAGAUUAUUUUGACUAUUUAACUUGUUUUGCAAUGUUCAACCUAUACACAAUUGAUCUGUAUUUCUCAUAUGAAAUUUAAAGAUUUUCUUUUUGCACUCGAUGGUUUCCUCAUUUUAUUGAUAGGAAUGCAUUUCUGAUUUUAAACUUUAAGGACGGAGAUCGCAGUUUGCGCUACUUGCCCCAUAAUGUGACAAGAAGAAAAAUGGUUUCACCAAAUGCAUAAUUUCUCAUCUGCUGAAUUUCCCUCUAGGGAUUAUUAAAGGUUAAUCUUAUCUCGUCUCCAAAUAAAGCCUUUUCUGGUGAGUGCCGGUGCUAACGCAACCUUGAUAGAUCUGCUGGACUUCGAUUCUACAUACACGGCUUCUUUGAUUUCUGAAACCCAUCACAUGCCUCUUUAGACUGAUCUCGCAUAGAUGCACAAAUUUGGCUUUUCUUUUGUGAUUGCAAGAAUGGAGACGAUAUAAUUGUCAAACUCAUGCUCUAUAGGUGCAUGUAUAUGGGUUGGCUAAAUGUAAGGGACUGCCAUAAAUAUUAAUCUGGAAGAUUUAGUUUGUUUAGAGCCUGUUGGAAAAUCACAUUUUUGGCACAUUAAACUGAUCUGGUUGUCCCAGUGAAUGGAAUAUCUAUCCCAAAAUAAAGAGGCUUUUUUCUUCAUCUGGUUCUUCAAAUCCUAGAAGCGUAAUGAAAAGAUGCUCAUAUAAAUUUUAACUCCACUCAGACGUUGCUCUUUAUUGGUGGCCUGUUGGGGUCAGGUCUCUUCUUUAAUACUUUGUCGGAAGUUAUUCAUCUGAAUGUGCUUGUAACUAGGCCUACCAGCAUUCACCUUUUCAGACAUAACAUAAGAUCAAUCGGUUAUUUUUUCUCACGACGGGUGAUAAUGCUUGAUUGACUUCCGUUCAAGACUCGGUAACACAUGCGCUGACGUACUCUGACCAUACAAAUCAAGGGCAUCAACUCCACAUGCAAUUGUAUUGAUAUAAACACAUGCAAUUGUGUUGAAUAAAAUGAAAAACUUGUA